AUGUCCUGGCCAAGCUUGUUGACACCGGUGCUGUUCAGCGGAACGGGAGAGGGACUGUACCCGCUAUGCGAUUCGACGUAUGACCAGGCGCAAGGAGAAGCAUCGACAUCGGCCAGAGGGGGAGGCUCAGGCACGAGCUUGCGACCGCUCAGCAAGGCGCUGCUGCCGCUAGCCAAUAGACCGGUAGCAGCGUACGCUCUGCAAAGCAUCCUCACCUCCUUGCCCGACUGUCGCUACGCCCUCCUCUUUGCUCCGUGCGCCGAGCACGCCGACAUCUCAAAGACGCUGCAAGCAUACAGGCUCCUCCUGCCCCCCUCUCAUCGAUCCAAGCAAGCAUCUCUGCAGCCCAACAAUACUCGCACUGCAGCGAAGCAAGCGCAGUCCAACUCCAUCGCCAUCCACAUCGUCGACGGCUUGAAAGUCCGUCCCGACCCAUCUCCAAGUCAGCUGGACCAUGCCGCUGCUUCCUCCCUGCCAGGUCUGCCCCCGUCACGCGCUAGCGAUACCUUUAAAGUCCAUCUCUUGCCCCUUGGGCCCUAUGAAAAGGAGCUGGCUGGUGAUGCAUCAGCAGCAACGAUGCAGACAGACGCGGCGAAUGAUGAUGAUGGUGAUGACGACGACGACAAGGAGGAGGAGGCAAAGGGGAAAGACUAUAGGAGAAUUCCAAAGCUCGGAACUGCAGAGCUGCUCAGGUGGGCUUUUGAGUUGGGCAAGGUGGAGGUGAGUGUUGGAAAUUUGGUGCGCGUGCUUGUAUGCGCCCUGGGCCCAUCAGCUGAUGCACACGCCUCUCUCGUCAGUCUGAUCCCCUUGUGCUUCCCAUCGACCUGCUCAACCCGUAUUCACCCCUCACUCGCCUCAUUGCCGCUCACAUCGAAGCAGGCAUCGGAUCGAUCGCACAGGAUGAGGAUGCGGAUCAAAUUCCAAAACCAGCCCUGACAUGCAUGCUGUACGAGGCAGGAGCUGGCGAUGGCACGGGCAAGGAGAGAGAAAAGGAGGGUAAGUGCGCCGUGGUGAGAGCGCUCGCGAGCGCACGGCCGUCUGAUCAUGCGCGUCUGCUCCCGCGCAUCCUUUCAACAGGCCCAGCAAAGCUCCUUUGCGCUUACUCUGCAGACUCUUUCAAGCAAGAGAUGGGUCACUGUCUAUCAUCCCCAGCCUCGUCACUCAGCUCUUCGACGGACGCAGUGUGGGGCUCUUUGCGCUCUUCUCAUCGCUUGCUCCACCUCUCGCACUUGUCCGAUAAUGAAGAUGGCCUAGCACUACGGUACGCGGUCGCGCAGCGAACAAAUAAGCUCAGAGUGAGCACCAACUUGCUGGACAGUCACAUUUACAUCUUGGACAAGAGAAAAACGGAGAGGCUGCUCAAGGCUAGAAGGGCGCUGACCAGUCUGAGAGAGCACGUCGUGCCUCUGCUGAUCAAAGCUGGCUAUCAAAGGGGGCUGUGGGACAAGGCUGUGAGGUCUGGACCAGAUGCGAGGCAAGACGCCAAAGAAGACGCAGACGACGAAUUUGGCGAUGGGGAUGCUGCCAAGCCUCUGCAUGCCUUGUCGACUGCAUUGCAGCAGAGCAGCGUCUUGAUACAUCCCAAUGCUGCGUCGGUGCUUUGCGGUAGAUCGACGGUGGGAGGCUCGAAGCGCGACGGAUCUGCAUCGAGAGCUGCAUCCUCAAUCACCUGCGUCGCCCUCAUCCAACGGCUCGACGUGCCGUCUGACUAUGGCGCGCAAGCACAUUCACCUGCAGCAAAGGAGCGCAGAUUCUUUGCCAGAGCAAACACGGUGCCAACAUUUUUGGAAUGCAACCGUUGGGUGAGUGGUCUGCCGUCCCGCCACCUUUUUUUGAGCAAGCGCUCCAACGAUGCCUCGUCGCGCCUCCCCCACCUUUCUUCCGCAGCUCCUCAAAGCUCUAUCGUCUCCCAACAGCUUGCCGCAAGGUUUCGCGCUGCCCAUUUCGACUUUUGAGCCAAAUUUCAUCGAAGCGCAGCAAAUCAACCCCUCGGCGCAAGUCUCAUCAGACACUAUCCUUCCAUUUGCUCCGCGUUUCGCUUCGGAUGCGGCGGGUGUGGAGACAUUUGCGGGUGCUUCUUCUUCUUCUUCUUCUUCCAGCAAGCACCAAUCGUUGCUGACGCUCGGCGACCGCUGCGCGCUCAAAAAGUGCAUCGUUGGACCGGGAUGCGUGGUGGGCAAGGGCGCAAAGCUGACGGGCUGCGUGUUGAUGCAGGGAGUCAAAGUUGGGGACAAGUGAGUUUCGCAUUGAUUGUGCUGGCGUACGGGGCUGCGCUCGCGCUGGUUUGUCAUCUGCUGACACGGAAACUGCGCCGCGCGCGUGCCAGCGUCAAGCUGGACUCGGUCAUUCUUUGCCCGGGUGCCACGAUUGGAGACAGGUGCAACCUAAAGGAUUGCGAUGUGGCCACCGGCGUUCACGUUCUGCCUGAUACGCAGGCAAAAAACGAAAAGAUUACCGUCGGAGCGGCAAGCGGGGGAUCGACCGCAACGACCUCUGCACUGAGUCUGUAA